GUUGAUUCCAUGGCGAACUCAAAUGACUCCCAUGUCAGCCACACUUCUCAUACAGGCCUUUUGAUUGAACAGAAACCUGUAAUAGAUGACGGUGUCAAAAUAGAAAUUGGGGACACACGCCUAGAAUCAUGGAAGAGCAGACGAAGUCAGGCCACGGCUGGAGUGACAGGAAACGGUACCAGUGUCUGCGCUGCUACCAUGUGACUGGUGAGGAGAGAGUUGGUCCCCGGUACCGGAUCAUGGACCAUUUUCUACGCCAGCACCUUUCACUGGAUCAGGUGCCUUUCCAUUGCAAGCUGUGCCUGUUUCGCUGCUACCAGUUUGAGGAUCUGCAGCGGCAUGCCAACAAUUUUCCUCGGCACAGGGUGUUGUUACGAGAGAAGGGGGUCGAGGAUAGUGAAAGCUAUCUAGUAAAGAACCCAAACCCAUACACCGUGGGACCUAGGGAUGUUGCUCCAGUGGCCGAAGACACGCUGUCACGGGCAGUGGAAAUCACCUUCCCUGACGGAUUGGACUUUCUGGACAACAUGAUAGAGGCACAGCCAUGUACGCCAGGACCUUACACCCCUGCCAGGCUGGAAACACCAAGGCCAAAGGCGAGUACGCCAUCUUUAGUACGCCACGCAGCACCAUCUCCAGCAAUCCUGGACAGCCUUCCAACUAUCGAGGAGUGCAGACAGCUGAAGGGGAACAAAUCAGAUGCCUCCUCCUCAUCGUCAUCAUCCUCUUCAAGCAAGACUUCAUGCGAAGGCUGUCGUCAAAUAAUGAAGGAGAUGGAAAUCAUGAAGGGCAUGCUGCGAGGUAUUCAGAGCCAGCUGGAGACACAGGGCACCACAAACCAGCAGUUGGCCAUGACCAUGGUCAAUCUUGCGGGAGCCAUCACAUCUAUGCGUGCACAGCCUGUCCAGAUGCCUCAUGCCGUUCCCGUGACACAGCCUACAAUGCAGACAGAGGCCCCACAUCGGAGAGUAGAAGAAGGAAUCAGGGAGCGCGGUCGUCAUCAGGACCAUAAAGAAAACAGGCGGCCACAGUGGCACAAGGAGAACAGCAACCACUACCACCGCCGGGAUCGCAGUCCAUUGCACCGAAAAUGAGAAAAUUGUAAAAUAAUGUAAAUGAACAUUUAUCACAGUGCUGUAAGUUAGUGUAAAUUAAUUAAAUAGUAUCACAGUAAUUCAUAAAUAUUAAUAAAACUUAACUUUGUAAGAUUUUAUCACAGACAUUGCUAUACUACACUAAUAUCUAAUGUAUUUGUAUCUUGUGAAUUAAUAAAUGAUCUCCUUUAUAUCUAGAAGAUAAUAAGCAUUAUAAUUGUAUUGUGAAUUUAAAGAUGCUCAAAUGAAAAUCCAGUUUUUUUAAGUGCACAAAGUUGGUGCUGACAUUUUGUAAAUAUUUUAAAGAUGUUGAACUUUGUUGUUAAAGUUUAAAGAUUGUUAUACAUGUAUGUGUGUGUAACCAUGAGUUUAAAAGUUUUUUAGGCAUUAAAGAGGGACCUUUAAUGUUAAGGAGGGGGUAAUGUCAUGACCCCAUGUUGACAUUUUUAUUAAAUAGGUCACGAGAACAUGUUUGUUUUUAUGACCAUGUUUUACAUUUUAAACUCUAUGUCAAGUGUUAUUUCUUAUUGCAUUCAAAACUAAACAUCUUAUUAUCAACAUCUACUAUGCUUAAUUUACCGUUUGUAUGGUUCAUAUCCGUGUAAAAUCCAUUUUUGUUGGUCACUACAAUCACAUGUUUGUAUAGACGCCAUAUUUAAAGGAAGUGACUUUUGACCUUUUGUUGAAUUAUGGGUAGUGUACAUUGACGACCUCUGUCAAACUUUGUCAGCAGACAGUUAAAUCUCGUAUUUUCGUACUAGAUUUAUACAUCAUGCGAAGGUUUGAUUUUUAUCAAAUAAUUACAGUCAUGUGUAUUUAUAUGUUCUAAACCUUAUUAUAAUGCUUAAAGAAACAUUUCCAGUCAUUUUAAUAAAGUGUUUACUGUUUAAACUUUAGGCGGUAACUCUGUUUAUUUUGAGGUGAUCGGUUACGCUCGGAAGACGCGCGGAUGGUGCGCGGUUGAGUUAUUGCUCGGAUUAAUGUUAUGACCGCGCAAGGCUCGGACCUGCUCGGAGCCCUAGUAUAUAAACCCUGGUAAUUUCACAGUCAGGGACUCUGAUUUUUUUGGAAUUAAAGGCACAUUCUUAUUACUAAAUUUUUCUCUAAUAAGUAUUAUUUUUAGGCAUUUUCAUUAAAAGUAAGUUAGAAACAUUAUUCAUAUUUUUGCAUAUAAUAGAGUUUUUGAAUAAGAUUUAAGACUAAGGUAUAGGGAUAUUUAAUCCUACAGUUUUAAGAUUGAUUGAGCAUUGUAAAUGUGAG